AUGGCAAAUCGUUCAGGGGGGUCAUUGACCAAUCGAUGGUCGGUGAUCCAAAAAUGCACAAAUAAAUUUUGUGCUGCUGUGGCUCAAAUAGAAUCUUUGCAUCCAAGUGGUGCGACAGAGCAGGAUAAGAUUGAAAGAGCUAAAAUCAUGUAUAGAGAGACUGAGAAGGCCACAUACAACAUGGAACAUUGUUGGUGUCUAUUGAGACACCAACCAAAAUGGCAACAACACGUGUCCAUAUUGUCAACGAGGAGGAAACCACAUGGGAAACGCCCUGCUAUGGCCGAGUCGACUCCACUAGGAGACGACACGAUAAAUGACAAUGUAGAGGUCAUUUUUGAGAGGCCUCCAGGCAAGAAGGCUGAGAAAGAAAGGGAGAGAAAAAGGAAGAUGGCAGAAUCUUACGAUGCAGAAUUUGUUGAGGCCUUAACUUGCAUGAAAAAUGAUAGAGCUGCUUUCAUGUCUGAAAGAAGACAAGCAACUAGUAAAUUGUCUGAAAGAAGACAAGCAACUAGUAAAUUGUCUGCUGAUAGGGCUCAAUUAUUAGUGGAGAAAAAAAUGAGAAAUGAUACAGAGAAUAGGAAGAUUGAUAUAGAGAUAAUGAAGAUGGAUCUUGCUGGCAUGAAUGGAAUGCAACGAGAGUAUUUCUUGAAUCUUCAAAAAGAGGUUUUUGAGAAAUCAAGGAAGCGAUUUUCAUCUCCAUCUCAAUCUUCAUCUUUUGAAGAUGUGUAG